AACCGUAGCAUAUCGAGAUGGGGAAGAAGAAGACGGAGGAGAGUAUAGGAGCGUCGAAACCCAAGGAAGGAGGAGGAGCUGCUCCGAAGAAGAAGAUAUCUGUAUCGGCCAUGCUUGCUAGCAUGGACCAAAAGCCCGAAAAACCCAAGAAGCGCGACAAACCCAAGUCGUCGUCUUCCUCUGCCAAGGCUAAUUCCUACACCGACGGCAUCGAUCUCCCUCCCUCUGAUGAGGAUGAUGACAUCGAACCUGUCGAUCAAGACUCCGACAGCGGCCCGCCGCAGCCAUCCCGUCGGUCCGCGAGGCCAGCUGCUUCUGUUGAGCUCACUGUAACGGACAAGGAGAUGAAGAAGCGGGAGAAGAAAGAUCAGCUUGCUGCCUAUGCUGCCGAGGUCACACGAAAGGAGGCUCUCCGUGACGACAGGGAUGCCUUUACGGUUGUGAUCGGAAGCCGGGCCUCGGUUCUUGAUGGCGAUGGAGGCGCGGCUGCGGAUGCCAAUGUCAAGGACAUCACUGUUGAGAAUUUCUCUGUGUCUGCCCGUGGUAAGGAGCUGCUUAAGAAUGCGUCGGUUAAGAUCUCUCAUGGGAAGCGGUAUGGCCUUGUUGGCCCGAAUGGCAAGGGGAAAUCAACGCUCUUGAAGUUACUUGCUUGGAGGAAGAUCCCUGUUCCCAAGAACAUUGAUGUGCUGUUGGUCGAGCAGGAGGUGGUAGGCGAUGACAGGACUGCGCUGGAAGCCGUUGUGUCCGCUAACGAAGAGCUCAUCAAGCUUCGCCGGGAGGUGGUUGCGUUGCAGGACUCGUCCGCUGCUGCCAAUGAGGAUGAUGAUGGCGAUGAUGUGGGGGAGAAGCUCUCAGAGCUGUACGAGCAGUUGCAGCUGAUGGAUUCCGAUGCGGCAGACGCUCAGGCAUCCAAGAUCCUUGCCGGUCUGGGUUUCACGAGGAAGAUGCAGGAGCGUGCCACCCGGUCCUUCAGUGGCGGCUGGAGGAUGAGGAUCUCCUUGGCUCGGGCCCUGUUUGUCCAGCCCACCCUACUACUGCUGGAUGAACCCACGAACCAUCUUGAUCUCAGGGCUGUCCUUUGGUUAGAAGAGUACCUUUGCCGUUGGAAGAAGACUCUGGUUGUGGUAUCCCAUGACCGUGACUUCCUCAACACUGUCUGCAAUGAGAUCAUCCACCUCCACGAUGAGAAGCUCCAUUUCUACCGGGGCAAUUUCGACGAUUUUGAGAGUGGCUAUGAGCAGAAGCGCAAGGAGAUGAAUAAGAAGUUUGAGAUCUAUGACAAGCAAGUCAAGGCUGCAAAGAGGACAGGUAACCGGGUUCAGCAAGAGAAGGUCAAGGACCGGGCCAAAUUUGCUGCUGCCAGAGAAGCUUCGAAAAACAAGGCCAAGGGCAAGGUGGAUGAUGAUGAGCCAGCGCCAGAGGCUCCUAAGAGAUGGAGGGAUUACAGCGUGGAGUUCCACUUCCCUGAGCCCACUGAGCUCACGCCGCCGCUAUUGCAGCUAAUAGAAGUCAGUUUCAGUUAUCCCAACAGGGAGGAUUUCAGGCUAUCAAAUGUUGAUGUGGGCAUUGAUAUGGGAACAAGAGUCGCAAUCGUGGGGCCCAAUGGAGCGGGUAAAUCGACUCUUCUCAAUCUGCUUGCCGGUGAUUUGGUUCCCACCGAGGGUGAGGUUCGGAGGAGUCAAAAGCUUAGGAUUGGCAGAUACUCCCAGCAUUUUGUUGACCUCUUGACAAUGGAAGAGACACCAGUUCAGUAUCUCCUCCGGCUCCAUCCGGAACAGGAAGGGCUCAGCAAACAGGAGGCUGUCCGUGCGAAGCUUGGGAAAUUCGGCCUCCCCAGCCAUAACCACCUAACACCUAUUGCCAAGCUGUCAGGGGGUCAGAAGUCGCGCGUUGUUUUCACUUCAAUUUCCAUGUCUAAGCCCCAUAUCUUGCUAUUGGAUGAGCCUACAAACCAUUUAGACAUGCAGAGCAUUGAUGCAUUGGCUGAAGCCCUGGAAGAGUUCACAGGAGGGGUUGUCUUGGUUAGUCAUGACUCGAGGCUAAUAUCUCGUGUAUGUGAGGAUGAAGAGAAGAGUGAAAUAUGGGUUGUAGAAAAUGGGACGGCGAGAACAUUCCCUGGGACGUUUGAGGAGUACAAGGAGGAGCUGCUGAGAGAGAUCAGGGCUGAGGUUGAUGAAUGAUGCAGCCUCCAGUGAGGUACUUAUUGUUUCAUUAUAUAAUAAGCUGUUUUGUGUUUCUAAACAAUUUUCUUUUUCUUUUUCUAAUUAGGCAUUUUUCUGAGCGUCACUCGAUGUUUGUUGGUUACUGGGCUAUAUAAGUUAUACGCUUGCAUGCGUAUCGACCUUCACUAUUUUGAAUUUGGUGGCUUCUUCCACAUUGUGGAAGCAUACUAUUGUAACAGAGAGAUUUUGUUUUUCCAUACGGGUUUAUGUAUUAAGAGGAAGACUCAUAAUUAUGCAAGCAGGUUCAGUUAUUUUUA